AUGUCCCAGUCUGGUUCAGGCGGGACGUCUUCUUCGCCAUCAUCUCAGGCUUCAACAUAUGAAAUUGUGAAAUUUCCCUGGCGGCGAGAGUCGGCUCAGGACAUUGUCAUACCAGGCGUCAGUAAAGAUGCUAAGUCUGGAGAGUUUAUACUGCAGAACUUGUUCCUGGAAUUUUGUCGGGUCACAGAACGGAGGAUCGAAAUUGUUUUGGCCGAACCAUUGGAGCGACCAUUGUCAAAAUCAUUGCAAAGAGGAGAGGAUGCUCAGUUUGAUCAGAUAUUGAACGCCCUUGGAAAUGUUGCUGAGCACUGUCUGCCUUCUAUCCUGAAAACCAUUAUUGCCUGGUACAAUCGGCAGAUGAGAGAUGACAGCCCAUUGCUCGAUUCACGCCAGAGACACAGAAGCAAAGGGAGUAAGGAUUACAUCUGUGAAAGGAGAGAUUUGGCGCUCGAGUUCAUUUACUGCCUUGUUCUCAUUGAAGUGUUGUCAAAGCUUUCUUAUCACCCUGGCCAUGAGGAUUUGGUUGGGUACAUUAUCGACCAGUGCUUCAAGCAUUUCAAAUAUAGAGAUGGUUUGCAGUCAAACCCAAAUGCUACCAAUGUCAACAUUAUCUCAGACCUGUACGCCGAGGUUCUGGGUGUUUUGGCAAAUUCCAGAUUUCUGGCUGUACGCAAGAAGUUUAUGAGCGAGCUGAAGGAGCUGAAGCUGCGGGAUCAGACUCCUUACACGGCACAGAGUAUCAUCAGUUUGCUUAUGGGCCUGAAAUUUUUUAGGGUCAAGAUGCACCCCAUUGAGGAGUUUGAGCUGUGUGUGCAGCUGCUUCUGGAGCUUGGACAUUAUUUCCUAGAGGUGAAAGACAGGGAUAUCAAGCAUGCUUUGGCUGGACUGCUUGUAGAGAUUCUGCUGCCGGUGGCUGCUACUGCAAAGAAUGAAGUGAACAUUCCUGUCUUGAAAAAACUGGCAGAAGAUUUGUAUUCUGUGACCGUGGACAUGGCGACCAAGAGAAAGCACACUCUG